AUGCAAUCGGGAUUCAUUAAGGGUGAUUCUACAGUGAAUCAGCUGAUUGAUUUUGUUAAUACAAUUUAUCAGAAUGGAGAUAAAGGGCAAAUAAUAAGAGCUAUUUGUCUGGAUUUUAGUAAGGCGUUCGAUCGUGUUUGGUUAAGAGGAUUACUGCAUAAAUUAGAAAUGAAAGGUAUUCGCGGCUCACUACUGAGUUGGUAUAAGAGCUAUGUGUCUGAUAUAGAAAUAAUAACAGUGAUUAAUAGAAGUCUGUUGUCUCCGAAAAAAGUGAACCGAGGCAUUCCCCAAGGAAGCGUUCUCGGUUCACUGUUGUUUCUUGUUUUCAUUGAUGAUAUUGGAGAAUCAUUAAACUCAUGCACACAGUUGUUUGCUGACGAUACAGUCAUUCAUCAUUCUGAUAGUGAUAUACAUGAUUUAACAGCACAUUUAAAUAUCGAUUUGUUAAAAAUGCAUCAAUGGUCAGUUGAGUGGCAAUUGCCUCUGAAUGAACAGAAAUGUAAGUCAAUGACAUUUAGCUACAAUUUAACACCACCUCCUCUCAUAAUAAAUAACAUCAGUCUAAAUGAGGUUAAACAACGAAUACACCUAGGAAUUUUUUGA